UUUCUUCUGCUUCAGACUGCCGGCCGCCUAUACUCUAGACACGUUGAAUUUCCUACGCUCCACUCUCAGUUUCCUUCUUCCCGCAGCCAGCCGCUCACCGUCGAUACUACGCAAAGGUACGCCAGCCAUGACACAGACCGAGAGGCCCGCGCAUUUCACUCUUACCGAGGACGAGAUCAAGGCCAAGUUCCCCGAGCGCCUGCGCGGCUACGACCUGUUCCGCGCCAUGGGCAGCCCCAAGCACAUCGUGGCCCCCAUGGUCGACCAGUCAGAGCUUGCCUGGCGCAUGCUCUCGCGGCGCUACGGAGCCGACCUCUGCUACACGCCCAUGUUCCACGCAAAGAUGUUCUCGGACGCCAAGUCGUCAAAGUACCGCGACGAGCAGUGGCAGACAAACGAGACAGACAAGCCUGUGAUUGUGCAGUUCUGCGCCAACGAGCCUGACGCGCUGCUGGCGGCAGCCAGGCUGGUGGUGGGCGAGGCUGAUGCCGUGGACCUGAACCUGGGCUGUCCGCAGCACAUUGCCAAGCGUGGCCACUACGGGUCGUUCUUGAUGGAGGACUGGGAUCUGGUCAGCAAGCUGAUCCGCAAGCUGCACGAGAACCUGGAGAUCCCUGUGACCGCAAAGAUCCGCGUCUACCCCGAACUCGAAAAGACCAUCGCGUAUGCAAAGAUGGUCGAGGCUGCCGGCGCCCAGAUCAUCUGUGUGCACGGCCGCCUGCGCGAGCAGAAGGGCCACAAGACAGGUCUGGCGGACUGGGACAAGAUCAAGGCCGUCAAGGAGGCAGUCAGCGUGCCGGUGUUUGCCAACGGCAAUAUCCUGUACCAUGAGGACAUCCAGAAGUGCAUUGAUGCGACCGGCGUCGACGGCGUCAUGUCGGCCGAGACCAACCUGUACAACCCGGCGUUGUUCUCAGGCAAGGUCCUGCCGACGUGGCAGAUGGCCGAGGAGUAUAUCGAGAUCUGCAAACAGGUGCCGACCAAGAACUCGUUUGUGCGUGGCCACCUGUUCAAGCUGUUCCGGUACAGCCUGCCGAUACACACUGACCUCAGGCAGCAGUUGGCGCAGGCGCGCACUCCUGAGGAGGUCGAGCAGUUUGUGGGCGCUAUGAAGAAGCGGCUGAUGGAGGACGAGGAGAAGGAGGGCAAGUUCGAGCCCGGGAGCGUCGUGGCCGAUGAGUUUGGGUACAAAAAGUACCCUCACUGGAUCUGCCAGCCCGCAUUGCGCUUCGAGCACGACAAGGAGCACUCGCAGUCAAAGCGGCUGCUGAACGAGGCCAAGGCUAGCCCAGCCAAGCCCGAAGAAUCCAAGAAGACCGCUCGCGAGGAUGUCGAGGAGGCUGAUUCCAAUGCCAAGCGGCAAAAGGUCGCUGCUGCAUAGUGUAUUUAUCGUUUUCCUUUAAGCACAUAAAAUACUACCCUACUCAUUU